UUACAUCUUGAAGCAAUAUGAGCCCUGCUAAUUUGCUUUACUUUAUUGCCAUUACGGUAUUCGGUUGUUGGCUUCCGUCUUGUUGGGGCUGGUCACAACUAAAUUCUAAUAAAUAAAUUUAAUCUCACUGUUUAUCACAUUUAUAUGCGUGGUAGUCCCAGAAUAAAGAAAAAUAAUGUGAA